AUAAAAGACACGAAUCAAAAUAACGGUUAACUUGGGUUCAAAAACCAGCCACACACACAAUGAUUGCGACGCCAACACCAGCAAUAAAAGAGAGUCAUUCAUUUAACUGCUAAGGUACUGCACUAAGCUUAUGUGGGGUAACCUAUUUCGCUGUUGUUAGACAGAUUUGGACAGCGCUCUAGACGACCGCUUCGGUUAAAGUUAAAACUUUAUGACAUCCAUAAAGUAGUUGCUCUGCAUUAGCAUUAGCCUAGAGACGGAAUUAAAUUCGUAAAUGUAAAACUCAUGCGGCAAAAGAAAGACAAUGCAAAACAUUACGCUCAAUUCCAUAUUAAUUGGGUCACGGCAAAGAGUUACACUCACUUUUGAAACUAGAAAAAAAAAAACGAAAAACAAAAUUCAAUUAAACCAUCAACGCCAAGCAAAUCCAAUCAAGCCAGCCAACCAGCGAGCCACACUCAGUCUUCAACUUCAUCUCGGCCCCACCACAUUCAGUAAAAGCAACCAAGUGAUCACAAUGAUCGAUGACAACGAUAUGGUCGAAGUCAAUUUGAGUUCAUCCGAAUUGGCAAAAAUAGCCGGCGAAAUGGAUGCCGCCAAACUUUUGCACGAUUCACCCUGCCUAACAAAAUCUUUCAGCAUCAACGAUCUAAAGGAUCGCGCCUUACAGCUUCGCCUAAAAUCUCAACCGAAAUAUGCCACAAUAGCUGGUGUUAAGGGUAAAGGAAGUGACAACGAGUGUGAACGGAAACUGGAGAGUCCUAGCAUCAGCUGUUUGCGUCAAAUGUAUUGUCCCGAUUGUCAUCAGCGCUUGGAUGCCUAUAGCGUACGAUUUGAGACUUUAUUAUCAUGUUGCCUUCCACUCUUCCCUCUUAAGACAGUCUAUCAGUGCUGUUUACGGCGUUCCAUUGGCCGAAAGGUGAUCUGCAAUAAAUGUGGCAGUAACUUGGGGUAUUGGAAGCGCUCAUGAAGAGAGAUUAAAAAUUAUAUUUAAUGUAAGAUAUUAUAGAAAU